AUGGAUUUGUCCCGAACUGACGUGCUGCGCCCCCCACCCCCUCCCUACGGCGAGCCGGAGAGGAGCGAGGAGGCGCUGUGCCGGGCCAUUCGGGGCCUGCCUCUCUUGGAACGCCUCGCCCUCCCCUUGGCGUCAGACGCUGUUCUGCUGGAGAUCUCGCAGUUCUGCCCGAAGCUCACUGCCUUGCACGCCCAGCCGCUAGCUCGCUUCAUCCCUGUCGCCUCUGCUGAGGGAAGUGGUACCAACGACUUUCUGUACUACACCUCCUCGUAUGCCAGGGCCUCCGUGCGUGUUACCCUUCCUCCUGCCCAGCCGCGAGUGACCGAUGUUGGGGUGGUGGCUAUUGCGAACGGAUGCACGCGAUUAGUGCAGCUGAGUCUGGGCGGCUGUGUGAACGUGAGACCCGCGGGGUGGCGCCAGCUGGCGAGGAGAUGUAGGCGGCUGGAGGUGCUGAGGCUGGCGCGCACACGGGUGGACGAUGCGGCUGUUGUGGCGGCGCUUUUCGGCGACAGCUGGCACGGCGGCGUGGGAGUGGCUAUGAACGCUGCGCUCCUUCUGCUGGACCUCUUUGGAUGCCCGUGGGUGACUUCUGCCCUCCUGCUCGCUCUCUCAGCAGCAGCCAGGGAGCUUGUGGGCAACGAUGAGAAGAACAGAGAUGAUGUGGGGCAUGAGAAAGGAAGGAAGGAGGUGCGAGGAUACUGUGGGUUGCAGGAUUUCAGGCUGAGACGCCUGCUGGUGUCUCCUGAAGUGAUUACUGGAGAUGGGUGGAGGGGGAGCAAGGAAGGUGGAAACAAGGAUGUGCUGGGGGGUGGAGAUGGUGGAGGAGUGGGUUCUGGGUAUGUGGAUUUGAGGCUUGUCGCAAAGGAGGUAGGGAUGCUGUUGCCCAAGUUGGUGGUUACUGCGAAAAGGACUGCGGAGCAUGUUUUGCCAUGGGAUGGCUUUUUUGGAGAGCCAAGGCUUGAGCUGGAUGGUGACGAUGAUGAGAGUCAGUGA